CAAUUUAGUAAAAGGAUUUCAUAUAUAAACCCACAGUUAUCAAAUCUCCCACGCACACGAUCCCAUGGAAGAAGAAGAAGAAGCAAAAAUCAUUGCAGCACUUUCCACUCUUACUUCUUCCAAGCUUUCAGAUCUCACCCACUCCAUUCUUUCUCUCACCCAUCGUCACCACCGCCGUCUCGCCGCCCUCCUCUCCUCCCCUCCCAUCUUUUUUCUCACUCUUCACCAUCUCCACUCCCUCUCUCUCCCCAACAAAACUCUCCUCAUCGCUCGCCACCUCCUCUCUUCUCUCCAACCCCUCACUAGCCACUUUCAACACACACCCCCACACGCUUUCAACUCCACAAUCAGACAACGUGAAUCCGACACCGUUAUGCUCCUCCUUUUACUCUGUGAAGUCCAACAGCAAAACCCGGAAGCGCUUCAAACCCCACUCGCCAAAUGGCACGGUGUAUUAACUAAACACUUCCGCGGUACUUUGUUAACUCUUUCCGGCAUCGGUACUUAUAAAGGUGCAAUUUUGAUGCCGUAUAUUGAGAUGGUGACGAGGUGUCGGAGGUUUCUUAGCGUAAUGGGUGGUGGAGGGAAGGCCGGGAGGGAGGUGGCGGCGGCGUCAGCUACGGUGGUGGCGCUGCCGUCGGUGCAGGUGAGCGGUGGCGGCGGUUUGGAGUGUGUUAUAUGUAAAGAGGAGAUCAAUGAAGGAAGAGACGUGUGUAAAUUGCCAUGCGAACACUUGUUUCAUUGGAUGUGUAUUCUGCCGUGGUUGAGGAAGAGAAACACGUGUCCUUGUUGCCGGUAUCGGCUUCCGACCGAUGAUGUUUUCGGAGAGAUCCAACGGCUGUGGGAGGUUCUAGUUGAGGUGAGCCGCAGAAGUUAGAAUUGAGGGAGGGGAUCAAUGUUGCAUGUGAUUGCAUGAUGAUCAUAGAAGAAGUAACAGGUGGCAGAAUCAGAAGGGUAAAAUGGAAUGAAAGGUUGUGAAUUUGUGAGAUGAUCACUUGUUUAUUGAUGAAGACGGCUGUGGUUAAGGUUAUACUCUAGUAGAUAAUAAAUGAGAAGAUAUUAAAAAAAAAAAAAAAAAAAAAA